AUGGGCUGGGUAGGAGCAGGUAUCGUCGUUGCAACAACGGUAUAUUUUCUUUAUCGUUACCCACCUCGCAGCUGGACCGAGCCCCGUCCUCUCCCCCCUCCGGAACUCAAACCCGAAGCACUUGUUACCACUUCCACUCCCGACGAGCCCGUACCGGAAAAGCAUGAGCCAAGGCCUUCAACGCCAAUAAUAGAAACAGAGGAGGAGGAUUCUCAAAGCACACCCAAGGCAUCGGCUUCGAGCGCACCACUGCCGAUCCUUGCGGUCCCCUCGCUCAGCCUCGAUAGCAGCGACAGCGAAACAAGCAACUCGACAAUGCCAUCCAUUCCGCAGUUCCUACGAGGCGGGCAGUCCACAGCAACAGAUCGCGAUAAUGCGACACCCAAGUCCCAGCCACCAUCCCUCGGUCCUCCGCGACAACAAUCAACAACGGCAACGAGCGGCUCCCUAAUGCCACCACCCCCACCCCCAGGCCCCAAACUCCGUCCAUCGCAAACCAACAGCCUCGCGCCACCGAGUCUACAGCCCCCGCGUCUCUCGGGCAGCCCCCGCGGCCCACCCCCAUCAGCGGCAUCCUCCCAGCGCGGACCCCCAACCAACAACAACCGUCUAAGUAGCAGCACGCUAGCCCCGACACCAGUGAUCCUGAACAAAUCCAAAUCGAAGAAAGUCAUCCUUGAGCCAGGCUUCUCCCCCUUAGACUGGGCCGCCCUGACCUCGAACCCGAACAACAAUCUCCGCGGCAAAGAUGUACCACCGGGUCUACUCCGCGUGACACCUUCCAUGCUGAAAGAGCAACAUGGGCGCAAGGGCCGAGACGCAUGGACCUCGUACCACGGCAAAGUAUACAAUAUCUCGCCGUACGCGCCUUACCAUCCAGGUGGUAAGGGUGAGCUCCUCCGCGGUGCGGGGAAGGACUCUGCAAAGCUCUUCCAGGAGAUUCACCCGUGGGUUAACUGGGAAGGGAUUCUUGGCGAGUGUUUGAUUGGAAUAUUGGUUUCUGAAAAUGAUCUCCAUGCCGAGAAUACCUUGGAUGCCAUGGAUUGA